AUGAACAUAACCCAUGUUAAAGUUGAACCAUUCGCUCCCUCUCCUCCACUUCACCACCCUACAUUCCUCUUUUCCAGCGGUCAAAAACUUCCAUUUCCAAGAAAAUUCAUCACUGCCCCCAUUGGAAGGUCAUCGUCUUUUGCUUCCUUUGUCUAUAAGAAACAUACCCUUUUAACCCAUGGUUGCUUUGGUGUUAGGGGAAGUAGGAUCAGGAGCUCAGUGAGUGAAGUUGAAGAGGAGCAAAAACAGAAGUCAGUGGUAGUGAAAAGGGCAUAUCCUUUUAACGAAAUUGAGCCCAAAUGGCAGCGUUAUUGGGAGGAAAACCGAACCUUCCGUACACCAGAUGAUGUUGACACUUCUAAACCCAAAUAUUAUGUCCUUGACAUGUUCCCUUAUCCCAGUGGAGCCGGGUUACAUGUUGGGCAUCCACUGGGUUAUACUGCCACAGAUAUUCUUGCGAGGUUCAAACGCAUGCAGGGUUACAAUGUGUUACAUCCGAUGGGAUGGGAUGCUUUUGGUUUGCCUGCUGAGCAAUAUGCAAUUGAGACUGGAACUCACCCGAAACUCACAACAUUGACGAACAUUAACCGCUUUCGUUCCCAGCUUAAAUCAUUGGGUUUCUCAUAUGACUGGGAUCGUGAAAUAUCCACCAUAGAACCAGAGUAUUAUAAAUGGACCCAAUGGAUCUUUCUUCAGUUGUUAAAGAGAGGAUUGGCCUAUCAGGCUGAAGUACCGGUUAAUUGGUGCCCAGCUCUUGGUACUGUCCUUGCAAAUGAGGAGGUUGUGGACGGUGUGAGUGAGCGUGGGGGUCAUCCUGUUAUCAGAAAGCCAAUGCGGCAAUGGAUGCUGAAGAUUACUGCUUAUGCUGAUCGUCUUCUUGAAGAUUUGGAUGAACUUGACUGGCCUGAAAGUAUCAAAGAAAUGCAAAGGAACUGGAUAGGGAGGUCAGAGGGCGCUGAAAUGGAAUUUUGUGUUCUUGACAGCGACGGAAGGGAAACAGACGUGAAAAUUACUGUCUAUACUACCAGGCCUGAUACCAUCUUUGGUGCAACAUAUUUAGUUGUGGCACCAGAGUAUACCCUGUUGUCAUCAAUAGUAUCCGCAAAACAGAGCGAAAUUGUGGAGGAAUACAAAGACAUUGCCUUGAGAAAGAGUGAUCUUGAGAGGACUGAACUUCAGAAGGAGAAAACUGGAGUCUUUAGUGGUUGCUAUGCCAAAAAUCCAGCUAAUGGGGAACCAAUUCCAAUAUGGGUUGCGGAUUAUGUGUUGGGAAGUUAUGGAACAGGAGCAAUUAUGGCUGUACCUGCACAUGAUGCUCGUGACCAUGAGUUUGCCUCAAAGUAUAAUAUUCCAAUCAAAUGGGUUGUGACACCCAAUGAUGAAAGUUGCAUUGAGUCUGGGAAGGCUUAUUCAGGAGAAGGCAUUGUUAUAAAUUCUUCUAACAUGAUGGUGGGGCUUGACAUCAAUGGUUUGUCUAGCAAAGAAGCUGCUCACAAAGUUAUAGAGUGGGCUGAGAAAACUGGAAAUGGGAAGAAAAAGGUGAACUACAAAUUGAGGGACUGGCUUUUUGCUCGGCAACGUUAUUGGGGAGAGCCUAUCCCAGUUAUCUUCUUGGCUGAUAGUGGUGAGAGCAUUCCGGUUCUUGAAACUGAGCUGCCCCUUACCCUUCCUGAAUUGGAUGAUUUUACUCCAACUGGAACAGGGGAACCACCACUGUCCAAAGCACUGUCAUGGGUUAAAACCAUAGAUCCUUCAUCUGGGAAACCUGCUACUCGAGAAACUAACACCAUGCCACAAUGGGCUGGUUCUUGCUGGUACUAUUUGAGAUUCAUGGACCCCAAAAACUCCAAAGAAUUAGUUGAUAAGGCGAAAGAAAUGUACUGGAGCCCUGUUGAUAUCUAUGUUGGUGGUGCUGAGCAUGCUGUUCUCCAUUUACUUUACUCAAGGUUCUGGCACAAGGUACUGUAUGACAUUGGUGUCGUAUCGACUAAAGAGCCUUUCAAAUGUGUCAUAAACCAGGGAAUUAUUCUUGGGGAAGUUCAAUAUAUGGCUUGCAAAGACACAGAUGGAAACUAUAUAUCUACAGACUCGACUAAUGAGAUGGGUGAACACCUUCAAGAAAUCAUUCCUGAGGAAAGAGUUGUGAAGUCUGGGGAAUUUUUUGUGUUGAAAGAUAACCCAAACAUUCGUUUGAUUGCACGUGCUCAUAAAAUGAGUAAAAGUAGGGGAAAUGUUGUCAAUCCUGAUGAUGUCGUUGCUGAAUAUGGUGCAGAUUCUCUUAGAUUAUAUGAAAUGUUCAUGGGACCAUUUCGAGACUCAAAAACAUGGAAUACUAGUGGCAUUGAAGGGGUCCAUCGUUUUUUGGGAAGAACUUGGAGGCUGAUUGUUGGCUCACCUUUACCUCAUGGUACGUUUAGAGAUGGAACAGUGGUUACUGAUGAGGAACCUAUCAUGGAACAGCUUCGUGCUCUCCAUAAAUGCAUAGCUAAGGUUACAGAGGAAAUUGAAGGGACAAGGUUCAACACUGGAAUUUCUGCAAUGAUGGAGUUCAUUAAUGCAGCGUAUAAGUGGGAUAAACAUCCAAAAUCCAUUAUCGAAGCAUUUGUCUUGUUGCUUUCACCAUAUGCACCCCACAUGGCCGAGGAGCUUUGGUCUCGCCUUGGUCAUCAAGAUUCAAUAGCAUAUGCGCCAUUCCCUAAGGCUGAUCCUACGUACUUGAAGGAAUCAACCAUUGUCCUACCGGUCCAGAUAAAUGGCAAGACUAGGGGUACAAUUCAGGUUGAAAAAGGAUGUUCGGAGGAGGAUGCUUUCACAUUAGCUUCACAAGAUGAGAAACUCUCCAAGUAUCUCGAUGGGAAACCUAUCAAAAAGAGAAUUUUUGUUCCUGGAAAGAUCUUAAAUGUUAUCUUGGAUCGUCAAAACGUCAAGGUGGGCGUCCAAUAAUCCUCACAGGCAUGUGCCCCAUACUUUUAGGUGCAGAGAAACAGCUCUGAGUUCACAUUGUCAUUCUGCUGUUCCAACUUGGCAUCUACUCUGCAAACAGAGUGCAAAUGUCAAAAAGUAGAGGAACAGCUCCCUGGAGGAUUGUCUACAUGUAAGAAGGUACCGGCUGUGGGAAAAGGCUUAUAAUUGUACCCGUAUCUUUGGCUUGGGCAUCCAUGUAUAUAAUCAACAAUUGAUGUUUAAAUUGUAUGUCCCAGAAAUUUUAUCUACAAAAAUAAAUUAGAAAUCACAUGUUUGUAUUAUACUUUUGAUACAUUAACUUGUAAAGUAUUGUUAGUUUUAAUUUCACAAAAGACGUUUUAUAAA